AUGGAGGCGUUAUCUAAAGUGAUUAAACGCGCAUGCUCAAUCGGCUUGUAUCACGGGAUCAAGUGCACCCGGCACGGUCCUCUUUUAUCUCACCUUUUCUUUGCAGAUGAUGCUAUUUUUGUUGGGGAAUGGUCACACACGAAUGUGAUGAAUCUAAAUAGAAUUAUGCGAUGUUUCUCUCUUGCUUUAGGGUUGAAGGUGAAUCUGGCUAAAAGUAGCUUGUAUGGUAUUGGGCUAGGGGAGGAAGAAAGAUUGGAUAUGGCCAUGAUUCUAAGGUGUAGGGUGGGAUCUCUUCCGUUUAAACACCUAGGCCUUCAAGUGGGUGCGAACAUGAAUUUGGUGAAGCAUUGGAAACCGGUUAUCGACACAUUCAAAAGUCGUCUAUCGAUUUGGAAAGCAAAUACUCUUUCUUAUGGUGGGAGGGUCACUUUAAUUAAGUCCGUAUUAAACUCCUUGCCUACAUACUACUUUUCGCUAUAUAGGGCACCGAACCAAGUAAUCAAGGAGUUGGAAAGGAUGUGA